GUCAGUACUUGCAGUGCAUAACGGAACGCACCCAAUAUAAGAAUGUGUGCUAUUACAUGUGCACUAACGGGACCUUCACCUUCAACUCCAACACUUUAUGCACUCUUCUAAAUAUAUAAAGGUUAACAGAAAUUAAAUUUCCUUCAAAAUGGCCGCCAAUAAUGAUAUAGUAGACCAAACAUUGUCAGAAAGAAUAUUAGAAAAAGGACGAAGAUCACCAUUUCUUGUUGCAAGUUUAAUAAGUUUGACGAGCAUCUGUGGCUAUGGUGCUUAUGCUUUCAAAAAGAGGAAGAUCUCUACGCAGAUGUACCUGAUACAGCUACGAGUUGCUGCGCAAGGAACAGCAAUAGCUUGCUUGACAUUUGGAAUGUGUUACCAUAUGAUAAGAAAGCACGUUUUGCAUGAUGAGAAUGAACCAUAAUAUUGGAAAUGAUAUUUAGUCUAAUUGUUCUCUAUAUAUAGCCGCCAAAUUUUAUGUAUAUACAUAUAUGUAUAU